AUGAGCUCCGUUCUGGGACGCAUGGUUUCCGAGGAGAUCUCAGAGAAGGACUUCAAGGAGCUGUCCAAGAUGUAUAUCAAACGUGUCAGAUUCCCCUCCAAGGUCUAUGACGAGUUCACAGAAUUCCCAAAGUACCUAGAUCAGCAGCUGGCCAUGGAAGCUAACCUGAUGAGUGCGUCAUGGACCAAAGCUACACUGCAAUCAGCAGACAUGAUCGUGCUCACAUCGGACAAUCAGAAGAAGAACCGCAAGCAUGCGCUUUUCUUGAAGAACUGGCUGGUCUUCUCAGAAGAACCGUGGUUCAAGAGGUUGACAGCUUCCAGGGUCUCCACCAAGGUGCGCGUGACCUGUCCCAGUGCAGAAGCAGAGGCCGAGGAGAUUUUGGUCGUCAAGGAUGGCCAGAUGGCUUUCACGGAUGCUGUCAAGUUUCAGCCGCCCAAUGUGAUGCAUGUGGAUCCAGAAAAAUUUACUUUGCUCCAACUUUAUGGCAAUUGA